UCAAACAUGGCUGGUUUUCGGAUGUUGCCGAAGAAUGUGUGUGUGCUUGUGUGAAGUGCUACGCUAGUGUGUUUUCUUUUUCACUGGAGUUCGUCGCAGAUCAUUGUUGUUACGAUUGCAGCUUUGCAAACUGUGUUCAGGUUAUCUGUCCUCCUUCCAGACAGGCACUUGGGCCGCGAUGGGCGGACCCCGAACUACGGCCAGUGACGCCGAUACGACGUGAGGCGGCAGUCGGAUGCCGUUGGCCCUGAAGUGGGCCCCUCGCCGCGGCGGGCCCUAACAACAGGGGCCCGAUGACGACGAGGCGGUCUCAGGGCCUCGGUGGAGGCGGGACAUCGGGUGGGAGCACCGAUGCCGCGGCUCGAACCCUCUGCGUCGCCGUCGUAGGGCUCUCUGGCACGGAGCGCGAGAAGGGAGCCACAGGGGUGGGCAAGUCUUGCCUCUGCAACCGCUUCGUGCGGCCCCUGGCGGAUGAUUACCACACGGACCACAUAUCGGUGCUCAGCCAGACAGACUUUGGUGGGCGGGUUGUCAACAAUGAUCAUUUCCUCUACUGGGGGGAGGUGACCAAGACAUCUGAAGAAGGGGCAGAGUUCCACUUCCACGUCGUGGAGCAGACAGAGUUCAUCGAUGACUCAUCUUUCCAGCCUUUUAAAAGCGGCAAGACAGAUCCCUACAUCAAGCGUAGCACAACCACUCGCCUCACUUCAGCCGAGAAACUCAUGUACAUUUGUAAGAAUCAGCUCGGCAUUGAAAAAGAAUAUGAACAGAAGCUCUUCCCCGAUGGUCGUAUGGGUGUGGACGGUUUUGUUUGUGUGUUUGACGUAUGUCAAGUGCCGGGCAGGAUGAUAGAGAAACAAGUGGAAUUCACGGCGGCCCUCCUCAACGCUCUACUCCGCACUCGGAAACCAGUCAUCCUGGCAACUACCAAAGGCGACGAAGCCGUCGACGCUUACAUACGUGAGGCAGAAAGGCUAGUUGCCCGCAAAGAUCUCAAGGGUCAAGUUCCUCUAGUUGAAACGUCGGCGCAUGAGAACAUCAACGUCGAAAAUGCCUUCCUCCUCAUUGCCCAAAUGGCCGACAAGGCAGCUCGCGGAGGACGGGGAGGUGUGGGCCGGAUCGCUCCAUUCACCGAAGCGGUCCGGGCACGGAGAGAAGCGCUGGAUCAGGCGACGGAGGCAUUCCAGUCGCUAGUGCGGACUCAGGUGACGGAUCACAGGGUGGUGUGGAGUUCAGUGAGCAAGAGGUUGUCACAGAGUCCAGAGUUUGAGAGGUAUUGUGGACUGUUUGGCCGAUCGGCGGCUCGGACUGCAUUUGACAGACAUGUGCGGAGGCUGAGGGAGGAACACGUGGGUAGGAGGGUACGGGGCUACUUGAGGGCGCUGCCGGCAGCGCUGGCUGACCUGUUGCCCAAUUUGGAUGGCAUCGGCGAGAGUGAUUGGACGACGGUCAAAGACGAAAUCCUUCGAAACCAUCCCGACUUCGACCACUUCUUCUUGGAAGUACCGGGCAGCACCACAUGGCAGGAAGCCGUGGAUUCGCCGGACCAGGACAACACUGAGGACGGGCGGAUCCCUUUCCCGCUGCUGGAGUUGUCCGAAGCAGAGAACUGCUUCCUGGAGCACAGAGCCACUCUGGAAGCGGAGCAGAGGAGAAGAGAGCUGCGCGACCAGUUCACGCAGCUCCUGGAAGAGACCGGGUACGUGACGCCCGGAAAAACGCUGGGGGAGGUCAGGGUCCUCUUCAUGGGGAGGGAGUGCUACGAGCAGCUCUCUGAGGCUGAUCUUCUCGAGGUCUACGAGGAGCACCAACGGGAGAUCACGGAACGCGCGAGGGCUCAAUUUCAAGAGUUGCUCCUGGAGCAUGCUGAACUUUUCUACGAGUUUGCCAACGUGGGACCCGGCAGCGUUAUCACUCAAGAGGACAUUGCUAAGAUCACAGAGGCACUGCAAGAAGAUUCCAGGUAUAAGACACUAGACCGAUUAGAUCAGGAUCGCAUGUUGAUGCUGCUGCGACAUUUGGGUUUUGUCCACGGCCCGAUUCGAGAACAUUGUCCAGCUAAUCCAAACUGCAUGGACAACCUUAUUGAAAAGGUCAUAGCCCAGAAGGCACAUAGGCCAUCAUCAUGGACUAGAAAUAAUCAGUGGCUUUUGGAGUCUGAGAACAACCAGCUCAAUCUGGUAGUCCUCGGGACAGGGGGACUUGCUGAUGAAGUGGCCAGUGCUGUUAGGGCAAACUGUAACGAUGAUACCUUUGAGCUGGACAAAAUCCAGUACAGCCUGGACUUCAGGAUCAUCGACGGGGACGUUGGACUUCCGCAGAACUCGUUCAGGACCACGGAUUUCACGCCUCAUGGUUGUUUCUGUGUGUACUCCAAUCACCAAAGUCUGGAGUAUGUGCGUGACAGCCUGGAAAAGACGUUGUUGUCCAAUUUAGAACAGGACGAUCGGCUUCCCUUCCAUGGUCUGCCCAUUGUCAUUCUGUUUGCAGCCGACGCCAGUAUCAAUGAGAAAGAUCUCGUGUUCCUGCGAGAAGAAGGACAGAAUCGUGCGAAAAGCUUACAGUGUCCCUUCGUCGAUGUGACGACUGCGGGAGGUGGUGGUGGUCCUGGGCAGCGGCUGGACGCCUCGCGUCUACUUCAGGCAAUGUCCUCGCUCGUUGAGAGUAUCCAGCGACGUGCGGGACUGUUGCAAAUCUACCACAGCCUCCCGGAACAGGCAGCAUGCCCAGAUCUCAGGGUCCUCAUGUGUAUGCUCUGCGGUGAUCCCUAUGCGGCGGAGCAUGUGUUGGCACCCCUCCUAGCGCACCAGUGUUGCCUGGCCACGGGCCCACACUCUCUAACAUUGGAGACGUACCUAGGGGCCGAGGGAAGCAAGCGGUCAGUCCAGGUGCGCGUCACCUCGUACCACGAGGCCACGGCUUACCGGGACCACCUCAUCCACGGCUUUAUACUGGUGUAUUCGGCUAAACGACGGGCAUCUCUAGCAACACUGAGCGCCUUCUCUAAGAACAUAUCCAAUGUGCCCAUCCAAAUUGUGGCUGUGACUGAGUCAGGAAGUGCGAGCGCCUUCUUUUCGAGCGACCUCUCUCAGCAGCUCAUUCGAGACGGAAAUGCCUUGGCCGACGUUUUGCAGGCCCAUUUCAUGACUACGUCUUCUGCUGCCCCACAAAAGACUGCGAUCUACACGCCUUUCUUCAAAGAGGUUUGGGAAAGGAAACCACAGAUUGAGAAAGCUUUUUAUAUGGAGGACUCUGACUACUCACCAGAGGGACGAACUCCGGUGCCACCACCCGUCCCCAACAGGCAGGAGUCCUAUAACCUGUGCAGUGGAAGGGGAUCGGUAGAAGACGGGGGAGAUUCCGAGGGACUGUAUGAGCAACUCCCUGCUGAUGGGCAGAGAGGAUGUGACGGGGACGAGUCAUCAUCUGUCGGGGGGGCAGUGCCUUCGCUCAGUCCAAGCGAUGACAGCGAGCUGUACACAAGCGUCUUCUCGCAGCAAGAAAAUGGCACAGAGCACUUGGUCAAGCCGAGUCAAGUCAAGAAGCGGAGAAGCUUGCAAGCAGACCUGUACCGCCAGUCCUUCCCGAGCACGGAAUCCCUCGACAGAAACAAGGGAGCCCCGCCUCCCCCUCUGCUUCCACCCGGUCGAGGAGGUGGGCCCGACCUCUCUUUUCCGCCCCCUGCCCAGUUGGUGACGUUUGGUGGUGGCGGAGGAGGAGGCCCCACCUCUUCACCACCACCCACCUACUUCCCCCCAUCACGCCUCCCGCUGCUAUACGCCACGGGUCGUCGCAACCGCGAGGAGUCGCAGCUUCCGGCACGCUUUGGAGGCCUCAAGAAAUCUAGCAGCCUCAAGGGGGCUGGUUACGCGAUUCCUGCGGCUCCACCCCUCGUGCCCACUGGGCGGGGCACGACCUCCAAAGGAACCUCCAAGAGGGGACCAGGGGGACAUAGGGGCAUUGUGGGGCAGGAGCAGGGCGUGGAAGAACCCCUGGAGGAUGCUUCAGACAGCGGGACUGACGACGACGAUACUCUUUCUUCGGGGCUUGGCGCCAGCUGCGACUUCCUUCAAGCGUACGGGGCAUACCCGCCGCCUCCGGAGCCUGCGCCACCUGAUUUCUCUUCCUCGGGCCUGGGGCUGAAGAAGGGGCCUUCUCUCUCUUCAGGCUGGACUGACAACCGAAUGUAUGGAGGCAGCUAUCAGAACCGAGCUGACGAAUGGAACGAGGGCAGUGGCGACCUCUACCACUCGGAGAGGCACAAAGUUGCGCCACCUACAAAGCCAAAGCCAUCCAAACCCAAGCCGGGCAAGUUGAACCUGAAACAGUUCGACCACUUGACAGACGCUAUCACACGACUGAACCUAGGGCCGCACAAGCAGGGCUCUACUCUGCCCAAGGCGGGGCUCCAUGCGCCCCUGGCUACCCCCGAAAGUACGGAUGACUACACCCAGGAUGGAAGCGGUCCCGUUUACGCGGCUGACGGGAGCGACUACGCGUACGCAGCAGUGCGAGGGAUGCUUCAAGAGGGCAAAGGGCACCGUGUCCGUUCGCUAGCUCGGAGGCACGCCAGCAGGGAGCGUUUUGAGAAGGGCUCAGACUCGGAUAGUGAGUGGAGCUCCUUGGAGAGACGCCAGGGCUGCGCAGUGGGCAGGGGUGCACGGCGCCCUGGCACCCACCGAAAGGCCCGGCGCAAACGUGGCAUACCUGUGGCUCCGCCACGCAUUCCCUCUUUUGAAGGCGGUGGUGGGGGCGGCACGCCCCCCGCUGUACCUCCCUUGCCUCCCUACCCUGGUGGAGUGAUGGGUCUGGAUCACCCCAUGGGCACAGCAGUGGUAGGGGUGUUGGGUGGUCCUCCGUCGGAGGGCAGUGACCUGUCUGAAGAAGAAGACGAUGAAGAAGGUGUGGGAGGAGAUCCCCACUACCGUGCCAUGCAUGCUGCUCAGCAGCUACAGCGGUCCAAGCACAAACACGGCCAGAAGCGGUCGUUCCGCCUGAAGCGUCGCAAGCCCCCUUCACUGGUGCCAGGCUCUGUGGUCCCACCCAGGGUGCCCUUGAGCAGCGGAAUCGAACACCUUGUGCGAUACGCCUCGGCUGAUGGCGGACUCUUCCUGCCAUCGUCCAAGCCAAAGCUAGAGCAAAGCCUGUCGUGCGUAGCUGCAACAGACGACGGCUCUAGCUAUGACAUCGCUGCUGCUACAAGGCUGGGUGGUAUGCUGAGGAACAGGGCUGAGUCAGAAAAGAGUACACGCAAGAAGGAAGAAAGGAAGAAGGCCCGAGAGGAUGAGAAGCUGGAAAAAAGGAGAGUGAAGGAAGAGGAGCGGCAGAAGCGGCUGACCGAAAAGAAGAAAAAACAGAGAAGCGGUGCAGCCGGCGCUAAGGGUCAGCCAGGCUUGGAAGAUUUUGUCCAGUCAGACGAAGUUGCCACGCCCCUCUUUGUCGACAAGUGCAUCCGGUUCAUCGAAGAGGAGGGCCUCGAUUCUGAGGGCAUCUAUCGAGUUCCCGGCAAUCGAGCACACGUGGACUUGCUCUUUCAAAAGUUUGACGAGGACCCCUCAGUCUCCAUUCGGGACCUUGACAUCCCCGUCAAUGCGGUGGCGACUGCACUGAAGGACUUCUUCUCUAAGCGGCUACCACCGCUUCUUUCGCCUGCCGAAAUGGACCAACUCACUGAGAUAGCAGGUAUCCAAGACCGGAGCUGCCGUCUGCUUGCUCUGAGGGAGCUCAUAAAGAACCUUCCUCCAGUCAACUUCGAAAUUCUGAAGUUUGUCUUUCACCACUUUGUAAAAGUGGCAGAAAACUGUCGCCUGAACAGCAUGGACAGCAAAAACCUGGCCAUCUGCUGGUGGCCAACAUUGCUCCCAUUAGAGUUCAACGACAUGGGCAUGUUCGAGAGGGUGCGACCGCACCUCGAAGACUCUGUGCAGACGAUGAUUGACCAGUUCCGCUUCCUCUACUGCAACCAGGAAGAGGUGCUCAAGGUUUGACACUCGUUCUGCUCGGUUGUGCCAAGAUAGCCAAUGGGAGAGUGUCUCGCUGGAACCAGUUGCGGUCGGCGCCUGCCCGACCCAGGGUUGCCGGGGGUGCGAAAGAAGUGCACAGAGUGUGUGUGCGUCAUUCCACGGGAGGACGAUUGCUCGUUGCUCGACAAGCGGCAGCGUGAGGGGCCGCUCGCGGAACAUUUUGGCAGGGUAUGGAGGAUGUGGUCCGUCUUCGGAGCUACUCCUGAUUGUUCUAAUUCUUCGUGCAUUUUUUUUUUUUAAAUUGCCACACGUAUUUAUAGUUCUACAUGUGUUGGACGUGACGUCACACACAGUUGGGAAGUAGUGCUAGCUUUUUUAUUUUCUAUUUUAGAACUAUCACGAAGCCUACCCCUUAGCCACACAAAUAGAUCAUAAUUUAACUCGCUGCCUUUCCGUUGCGAUGCGGAAUUACUUUGUUCUUCUUUCAUCCUGUCUCUGUUCUUCCAUCUGCUCUACCAUUUGCCAUUUUCUUAUUAUUCUUAUUACUAUUUAUAGAGGCACAGUUUUUUGGCCUACCUAUCACUAUUGCACACAGGACGUUCCUCAAAAUCGUUUUGUUGCAGGACUUUUAAGCUUAUUUUCUCUGUUCAAACCGUCAUCCUUCUAGAAUUUUAUCUGCUUGGGUACGGAAGAUGCAGUUAUGACCCGUGCACCUUCGUUUCUGCUGCCCCGAUUUUAAGUUUUCACACUUUCACUUCUGCUCAGAUAUUCCUGUCAGUAUGAAGACGAACCAGCAUUGAAAUGCAACCAAUAUUCGCAUGACUUACUUCCUUUCUUCCUCUUUUUUUUUUUUUUUCGUCUUCUGUGUGUGUUUAAGAAAAAAAUUUUGGGUUCCCGUCCAGUCCCGAAGGAACCUGAGCGCAUCACCGAUGGUGAAACCGGAAAGUCCAGCAUUGUGAUAUAUACAUAUCGUUUUCCUCCGUAUGCCGUAUGUUUGGUCACAUGGUUUUCUCAAUUUUGUGUUCUGCUUUUUACGUACGCUUUUUGGGUGUACAGGAGACAGGAAAUCACACGAAGAUGGCGUGAGCAUUUGCAUUGUAGUCAGCUAACGACUUUUUCUUCUUUUUUUUUUUUUCUAGCGUGCAUUAGCUGCGAUACUCGUGACUAUCGCAACCCUCCCCGACAUGUUCCUGUGUUCGAAUGGAGCGCUUUGUCACCGUGCAGUAGAUAAAUCUUGUGUCAAAGUUUGCACGGGGUGACUUCCAAGUCCAAACCACCACCCCCCAGCUGAGAGGCAUGUAAUUUUGUUAAUUUACUUUAUAAAUAUAUAAAUAUAUAUAUAAAUAGGAAAGAAGUGACGUUAGAGUAUUUUAAUUUACCUGUACAGUUUUUCAUUUUGCAUGGCAGACGGCUGUCGUCUGCGGUGGGGAAGUUUGGUGAGGGCUGCGGAAGCAUUGUAUGAUAGUUUAAGGACAUAGGAUAAGAGUAUCGACAUGGAUGGACUCCCAUUUUUUGGGCAACCCCCGCAGUCCCUUCUCCAGUGCGAGUGUGUGCGUGUGUUCGGCACAAAAUAAGAAUAAACGUGUUUUGUGAGUGGUGUAUGAAUAAAGUGAUGAUAGAGACAGGUGAA